CGGGACUCCAGGUAAAACAGGUAGGGGAUUGUCAAAAAGUGUGUCUCACGUCGAUGUACAAAUCUUUCUGAUUUUGAAAAGCAGGCACCUAUAAUACAUACGCCAAAUUGAACGCGCUGAUCUUUUUCUUAAAGAGGACAUCAGGAUGAAGAACGAGGAAGAGGCGAGUGAACGGCCUGACAACACGGCAUUCACUCAGCAGCAGCUCCCGGCAUGGCAGCCUGUACUCUCUGCUGGCAUCAUCAUUCCUGGCUUUCUUAUUAUUGGUUUGGCUUUCCUAGGCAUCGGAAUUGGCCUCUUUCUGACCUCACAGACCAUCCAAGUGCUGGAGAUGGAUUACACAGGCGUUGAGAAGGAUUCACCCUGUUUCCGCUGUACGAGCCCAAGUAACCAAACCUGCACCUGUGAAGUAACAUUCUCCCUUAGCACAUUGUUCACGGGCCCUGUCUUCUUUUAUUAUGGCCUGUCUAAUUACUUCCAGAACUUCAGAAAAUAUGGCGUGUCGAAAGACGAUUAUCAGCUCACUGGCGAUACACAAUAUUUCAAGAGUCCACGAGAUGUUUGCUUUCCAUAUGCGCAUGACUCCAAAAAUAACCCCAUUGUCCCUUGUGGAGCUAUAGCGAGUAGCAUGUUCAAUGACACAUUUGAGCUCUACCAGAUAAUCAAUGGAACCAAGAAGAAGGUUCCAUUAGAUGGUAAAGGAAUCUCCUGGUGGACUGAUUACAACAUAAAGUACAGGAACCCUUUGCCUGUGAAUGGCUCCUUUGCAAGCGCGUUUGAUGGUACAGUGAAGCCCAUAAACUGGCCUAAGGCAGCAUAUGAGCUGGACCUCACAGACCCAAACAACAACGGUUUCCUGAACCAGGACUUUCUAGUGUGGAUGAGGAGAGCGGCACUACCUCAGUUCAGGAAGCUGUACCGGCGAAUCACGGAGGGUGAUUACGCCACGGGGCUCCCUGCUGGAAACUACUCUCUGACAGUCUAUUACAACUACCCAGUACUGAGUUUUGAUGGACGUAAGAAGGUGGUCUUCAGCAACGUGUCUUGGAUGGGAGGGAAGAACGACUUCUUGGGCAUUGCUUAUUUAGUAGUUGGCUCCUUGUGUGUGGUCAUGUCAGUGGUUAUGCUAAUAGUUUAUGCCAAAUUCAAAUUCUCAGAUGAUGAUGAUGCAUGAUGAUGCAAGGCGGCUGUGCUUAUAAAGACCACCUCAUACAUGAAUCUUAAAAACAAGAAAGAAAAGAAAUAAGGGGUUCAUUAAGAUGGAGCUAAUUGUUGUUUUCAGACCAAAACAUCAUGGUCUAGAUCAAUAAUUUUGCAUUCACUUGCUAGAAAGUUUUAACUUCAGGUCAUUUUAUUUUUAACAGGAAUUAUUUGUUUACUAAAAGAUCACAGGAUAUGCUUUAGGCUUAAAAAAAACUGAUAUUAAACUAAUAUUCUAAGAAUUUGUUCAAAGGUCGUAGAAUCAGAAGAUCAUUCAGGCAAUGUUACAGGUUUCUUUUAUUCUACUUUGUCUCAGGUAUGAAAUAUGGAUUAGCGGUUACUUUUAGUUUCUGGAAAAUACAGAUAAAACAGAGCUAAAAAUGAUUUUUAAAUUUGCUUACGACUUCUUGACUAGUCAAGAAAUGUUUAGCAGAUAUAUGGACAGAGACAGUCUCAGGUGCCACAUCUACCUGUUAGAUGCAUAGCUUUGUCAAAGCUUUGUGUAUGUGUAGUUUAAUCUAUUGAAAAUUAAAAUGUAUUGCUGCUUGUAUAUUUUCUGAAAUAAACUUUAAAAUGCUGUUUUAUAA